AUGGCCAUUGACCAACUUAUUGAGUCGUACGUCCCAUAUACAGUGAAGCCGAUAAUUGCGCACGCAUAUGUUGGACCAUUUAUUUUCUUGUAUGUAGGAUGGGCUUAUUUAUGGUUUAGUAUUUAUGGAGUGAACGAGUGUUGGGAAUUAGGAUGCAUCAUCAUGGCUGCUAUUGGUAUUUUGCAGAUUUUGACUGUAUUAUUUUGCAACUGGUUCGUCAGUGUUCAUUGCUUGCUGACUUGUUCAUAUGAGUCCAACGUUGAGAAAGCUACAGUUGUGAAAGUAGUUCCAACUCCAAACAAUGGAUGGGCAGAAGUGGUUCCUUUGCGUAGGACUAAACUAAUAAAUGGAAAAAUAAAAUUGUGGUUUGAAUUUCAAAAGGUGCAUUACACAUUUGUUUUGGAAAGGAAGACUUUUUUGGCCUUGGAACUGGACACAAAUCAGCCGAUGUCUUAUUUUCACGAGUCACGAGGACUUGAAACAGAUGAAGCGAUUUUGGAAAGAAAACAAGAUUUAGGGGACAACAGAAUGGAAAUGAUUAUUCCUCAGUUCAUGGACCUUUUCAAGGAACGAGCUACGGCACCGUUUUUUGUGUUUCAGGUUUUUUGUGUUGGGUUGUGGUGUUUGGAAGAUAUGUGGUAUUAUUCGUUAUUCACACUAGUGAUGCUUAUGACUUUUGAAGCGACUCUUGUUAAGCAGCAGCUAAAAAACAUGUCUGAAAUUCGUAAUAUGGGUAAUAAACCGUAUCUCAUUAAUGUAUACAGAAAUAAACGCUGGAGCCGUAUAAAAAGUGAUGAACUACUUCCUGGCGAUAUCGUUUCUAUAAGUCGCUCACCGGAUGAAAAAGCAGUUCCAUGCGACCUGUUAUUGUUAAGAGGUCCUUGCAUCGUUGAUGAAUCCAUGCUUACCGGCGAAAGUGUGCCGCAAAUGAAAGAACCAAUAGAAGAUAUUGAAAAAUCGCAUUAUUUUAAUAUCGAAACGGAUAGUCGUUUACAUGUCAUAUUCGGUGGCACAAAAGUUGUUCAACACACUUCACCUGCGAAAAAUGAAGCCGGCAUGAAAGCACCGGACGGUGGAUGUAUUUGCUACGUUCUACGAACAGGAUUUAAUACUAGUCAGGGGAAGUUGUUACGUACAAUUAUGUUUGGCGUGAAGCGAGUGACUGCAAAUAAUAUCGAAACCUUUGCAUUUAUAUUAUUUCUGCUAGUUUUCGCUAUUGCUGCAGCUUCUUAUUUAUGGAUUAAAGGAAGCGAAGAUGAAUCACGUAGUAAAUACAAGUUAUUUCUGGAAUGUUCAUUGAUUCUCACUAGCGUAAUUCCUCCUGAGUUACCUAUAGAAUUGUCACUGGCUGUGAACAAUUCACUGAUGGCACUGCAGAAGCUUGGUGUGUUUUGUACAGAACCUUUUCGUAUACCAUUUGCUGGUAAAAUCGAUAUAUGCUGCUUUGAUAAAACAGGGACCUUAACAACAGAUAAUUUAGUUGUUGAGGGAGUAGCUUCCGCGAAUUGUGUGUAUUCGGACGAUGAAUGCCAUAUUCAUCGUUUACCAUCUGAAGCUCCGCCAGAAUCAGUACAAGUGCUAGUGACAUGUCAUAGUUUAGUGCGAUUUGAUGAGGAUUUAGUGGGUGAUCCAUUAGAAAAGGCUUGUCUUAGUUGGGCCGAAUGGAAUUUAACGAAAAAUGAUACAGUAAUUCCACGAAAAUCCAAAAUGCAGCCUCUCAAAAUUUUUCAUCGAUAUCACUUCUCCUCAUUCUUCAAAAGAAUGACGGUGAUUGCUGGUUAUGUUGCAGCUGGGACAAAUGAAACCAAACAUAUUGUAACUGUGAAGGGCGCUCCAGAAACACUGGAGAGUAUGUAUGAAACAGUCCCUGAGAACUAUAUCCAGGUAUACCGACACUUGGCACGACAAGGAGCGCGAGUUCUUGCUUUGGGCAUUCGGGAAGUUGGAUCAUUAACUUAUCAAGAGAUACGGGAUCGAAAGCGAGAAGAUUUCGAACAAAAAUUGACAUUUGUUGGUUUUGUCGUUAUAUCAUGCCCUUUAAAACCGGACACUAAAGCGAUGGUGAAAGAAAUUGCGGAAUCAUCUCACAGAGUGGUUAUGAUCACUGGCGAUAAUCCUCUUACUGCUUGUCAUGUUGCUAAAGUUCUUCGAUUCACGAGGAAGUCAACACCUGUUCUCAUUUUAUACGAACCUCAAGGUGAUAACAAGUGGGUAUGGAAAUCGGUAAAUGAUGAUAACGAGUUCAAUUUGCUGCUAAGCCCAAGUGUUGAAAUGGUGCCUUUUAUUAAUGAGCAUGAGUUUUGUAUCACUGGACAGGCUUUUAUGUAUCUUCUCAAUAAACAUACUCAGUUUCUGCGGUACAUUAUCCCUCACAUAAAAAUAUUUGCCAGAAUGGCACCCAAGCAAAAGGAACGGGUUAUAAAUGAGCUUAAGGGACUUGGUUAUAUCACACUCAUGUGUGGAGAUGGUACAAACGACGUUGGUGCAUUGAAACAUGCUGAUGUCGGUGUCGCAUUACUUUCUCACCCUUAUGAUGCUUUAAAAGUUGGUGAGAAAAGACGAAAGAAAGAAGAAGGAAAUAAAGCAAACUCUUCCUCAAACUAUCUCUGUCAGCCUAUUUCGAAUUCGCAUGCUAAUUCAAGCAAUUCACUAAGCAUUGUAAAAAAACCUUUGGUACAGCACUCAGCACGAAGGAUGGACGCGCCUGCUGGCGCGAGACAAAUCAGACAUAAUCCUAUGUCGAGUACUACCAGCAGGCGGCUUGAGCAGAUGAUGAAGGAUUUAAAAGAUGAAGAAAAGGUUCAAGUUGUUCGGCUUGGAGAUGCUUCCGUUGCAGCUCCAUUUACUUCGAAAUACACAUCCAUACAGUCAAUAUGUCAUGUUAUCAAACAAGGACGGUGUACUUUGGUUACGACGUUGCAAAUGUUCAAAAUUCUUGCUCUAAACGCUUUAGUGCUCGCGUACAGUCAGAGUGUACUUUACUUGGAUGGAAUCAAGUUUUCUGACACUCAGGCUACUGUUCAAGGUCUACUUCUUGCUGCAUGCUUCUUAUUCAUCUCGAGAUCGAAGCCACUCAAAACACUCGCCAGGCAGAGACCUACACCAAACAUAUUCAAUGCCUAUACACUUCUUACGGUAUCUCUUCAGUUUGCCGUUCACUUUGGUUGUUUGAUAUACGUUGUACGAGAAGCUCAAGCAGCAGAUCCUCGUGAAAAAGUCGAUCUGGAAGCAGAGUUCAAGCCAAAUUUACUUAAUUCAGCAGUUUAUCUUAUGGCAUUAGCAUUGCAGGUGGCUACAUUCGCUGUGAACUAUCGGGGUCAUCCGUUUAUGGAAAGUCUGUUGGAAAACAAGCCCAUGCUUUACAGUUUGUUGUUUUCUGGUUUUGCGGUGUUUGCACUGGCAUCUGGCAUAUCUCCAGAACUGACGCAGAAGUUUGAACUUGUUGAAUUGCCAAUCGAAUAUCGAAAAGCCUUAUUAAGUUGCAUAGCGGCUGACUUGCUGGCCUGUUUUAUAAUUGAUCGAAUGCUGUGCUUUUUGCUUGGUGAUAUGAGAUCUGCAUAA